CUUUGAUCGGAUGGAUGACUUGACUUUGAGAAAAGACAAAUCUGCCUUACAUUUUAUUUACUCGAUUUCGCAUUUAAGGAAAUAAUAAAAAAUGGCAAAGAAAACUUACGAUUUAUUGUUCAAACUUCUUCUUAUUGGUGACUCUGGAGUUGGAAAAACCUGUAUACUGUUUAGAUUUUCAGACAACCAUUUUACAACGACAUUUAUUUCCACUAUUGGUAUUGACUUCAAAAUAAAGACAGUAGAACUACGUGGUAAGAAAAUUAAGCUUCAGAUCUGGGACACCGCAGGUCAAGAGCGCUUCCACACUAUUACGACCUCCUACUACCGUGGUGCGAUGGGCAUCAUGCUUGUAUAUGAUAUAACAAAUGAAAAAACAUUUGAUGAUAUUGUUAAAUGGCUGAGAAAUAUAGAUGAGCAUGCUAAUGAAGAUGUAGAAAAGAUGAUAUUGGGCAAUAAAUGUGACAUGGAGGAGAAACGAGUUGUGAGCAAAGAAAGAGGAGAGGCGAUAGCGCGCGAGCACGGCAUCCGCUUCAUGGAGACGUCCGCGAAGGCCAACAUCAACAUCGACCGCGCGUUCUCGGAGCUGGCGGAGGCCAUCUUGGAUAAGACGGCGGGCCGCGACGCGGACGCCGACCACGCGCGCAUCGCCGUCGAGCGCCGCCCCUCCCGCGCGCCCCCGGCCCGCGCCUGCUGCUCCUAAACUAAACGCAAACCUCAACCCAAACCCG